UAGCCGUUGGGACCCCUUCCAAAAAUAAACCCUAAUAAUUGCUAUAACUAUAUAAACCCCCCAAUUCAACCUUCAUUUACACCAUUAAUCAAUCUGCUCUCUCUCUUUCUCUCUCUGGUUGCGUUGCGAUCUUACAAUUCUCUCUCUACGCUACUCAAUCAGCUGCUCUUUCUCUCGCGAUACGAACUAACCAUUUUUUGCAGGCUUAAUUUCUUCAAUUUUUGAAUAUUAUUAUUGUGUUAUUGUUAUUCUGUUUGUUGUUUGUUUCUUUAGAUAUAAUUUUUGCAGCAAUUCUUCGAGAUGAAUCCUAGAAGUGCAUUCCAAGAAAUCGGCCUUACCAGGAAGAGUUCCAAAGAAAAUUUGGACAGGUUUAUUCCCAACAGAUCAGCAAUGGAUUUCGAUUACGCACACUACAUGCUCACCGAGAAGAAAGGUAAGGAGAACCCAGCUUCCAGCUCACCUUCAAAGGAGGCCUACCAGAAACAGCUGAGGGAGGUAUUCAACAUGAACAGGACAAGGAUUCUUGCAUUCAAGAACAAGCCACCUACUCCAGUUGAGUUCAUGCCCCAGGAGUAUGCUUCUGUUCAGCAAUCUAAGCCCGUUAAGCCUCGCCGACACAUCCCUCAGACUUCAGAGCGUACAUUGGAUGCCCCCGAUCUAUUGGACGACUACUACUUGAAUUUGUUGGAUUGGGGUAGCAGCAAUGUUCUUGCAAUAGCUCUUGGAACCACAGUAUACCUUUGGGAUGCAUCUACUGGAUCUACUUCAGAAUUGGUAACAGUUGAUGAUGAUAAAGGUCCUGUAACAAGUGUAAACUGGGCUCCUGAUGGCCGUCACAUUGCUGUUGGCUUGAACGAUUCCGAAGUUCAGCUCUGGGAUUCGGCAUCAAACAAGCAGUUGAGGACAUUGAAAGGAGCACACCGAGCUCGAGUUGGAUCACUAGCAUGGAACAACCACAUCCUCACCACUGGAUCAAUGGACGGAAAGAUUGUUAACAACGAUGUGAGGAUUAGAGACCAUGUAGUGGAGACUUACAGAGGACACCAGCAAGAGGUUUGUGGACUAAAAUGGUCAGCUUCAGGCCAACAGUUAGCUAGUGGAGGAAAUGACAACAUCCUUCACAUUUGGGAUAGAUCAAUGGCAUCUUCAAACUCUGCUACUCAAUAUCUGCACAGACUCGAGGACCACACCGCCGCAGUAAAAGCCCUAGCUUGGUGCCCCUUCCAAGGUAAUUUGUUAGCUUCUGGUGGUGGUGGUGGUGAUCGAUGCAUCAAGUUCUGGAACACACAUACUGGUGCUUGUUUGAACUCGGUUGAUACUGGGUCUCAGGUUUGUUCUCUUAUGUGGAGCAAGAAUGAGCGUGAGUUGUUGAGUUCUCAUGGUUUUACUGAGAAUCAGCUUACCUUGUGGAAAUACCCAUCAAUGGUGAAAAUGGCUGAGUUAACUGGGCAUACAUCGAGAGUUCUUUUCAUGGCUCAGAGCCCAGAUGGUUGCACAGUUGCUUCUGCUGCUGGAGAUGAGACAUUGAGAUUCUGGAAUGUGUUUGGUACUCCUGAAGUUGCUAAACCUGCACCAAAAGCUGCUCCUGAGCCAUUUGCCCACGUGAAUCGCAUUCGGUGAUUAACUGCUGAUCUAUUCGCCCUUCUGAAUCAUAUUAGUUGAUUAACCUUUUUAGAUUGUAUAUUUGUGAAUUUUCUCUAAACAACUGUGAACUGAUAGGAACAUAAUUGGCUUUUGUUUGUAAAUAGGAACAUAAUUUGGCUGUAUCUAAUUCCAUAUAAUGUAAAUUGAGCAUAAUUUUUGUAGAUAAAAAGUUUGUGUUGAGUGCUGUGCUCAACAACAAUUUGUUAAUUAAAUAAUAAACCACAAAAGUAUUUUAUUUA